UUGACAUUUACCGGAUUGUGGAGUUAUCCAUAAGGAAAAUAAAUAUUUUUCUCAAAUACAAACGAUCGUCAAAAUUUUCAUAUUUCAUUACCUUUCACCUUAAAAAUCAUUUCUUGUUAUAGGAUUUUAAUUUGUAAAUACUGAGAUUUAUAUAAUUUUCUGGAAGAUCAAUGGAAGAGAAAAAAUCGGCGGAAAAGAAGAACUCGAUGGAAGAGAAACACUCGAUGGAUGAUAAAAACUCGAAAGAGAAAAACUCGAUGGAAGAGAAAAACUCGAUGGCUGAGAAGAGCUCGAUGGAUGAGGAAAACUCGAUGGAUGAGGAAAACUCGAUUUAUGAGAGAAACUCGAAUUUGCUAUUGACACCGGUGCCAAAGGAAGACUGCACAUUUAAAAAGGAAUAUCCUUUUCCGAUCGUAACACCUGAAUGUAAACCAAAUGAAUCUGAUCCUGACUGGAAAAUUCACGAGGGUUAUCUAGAAGGUGAUUACGUACUGGUUCAUGAGGAGCGAAGCAUAAAAAUGUUGUAUACUAUGGGAUUUUAUGGGAUAGGAACUUUAACGGGAGGUGCCCCAAGAAUUUGCUCCCAGGAGUCCACAGAAUCAGGAAAGCAAAUGACAAGUUCUGCAGCUAGUCAAGUGGAUGAUGUAAUAGAUGUUGUUUCCAGUGGUGAUGAAGGUUCAAAAUCAAAAACAAGCAAAGAAGAAGAAGAAGAUGAUGAUGUUUUAAUUGCCGAGGAUUCACCUGAUAUUGGAAAAGUGUAUCCAAAACUACCUGAUUUUGAAGAAAAGGAAAGUUUACAACUUAGUUUUGAGGAAGCAUUUUUCUUAUCAUACGCUUUAGGAUGCUUGAUGGUCAAGGAAAGAAACCAGCCAUUACCGAUAGCAUGUCUAUGGAGGAAGUUCAUUGAUCGCACUGAAGCUGCCAAUUUUCCGUCUAUGUAUACAGCAUACCAUCAUUUUAGAAGUAAAGGAUGGAUUGUUAGAAGUGGAGCGAAAUAUGGAGUUGACUAUAUUUUGUAUAAGGAUGGUCCUCCUUUUUAUCAUGCAACUUAUGCUGUAGUUGUUCAAAUUUUGAGGGAAGACUCCAGACCAUUCAGGAACAGUAGACAACUCACUUGGGCUAGUUUGACUGCUAUUAAUAGAGUGAUUAGUGCUGAAGGCAUGGGUUUUAUAAUCUUGAAUGUUUAUAAGCCAGACAGCAUGAUAGGAUUUAUCCCUCGUACCCCAGCAUGCAUACCAGAUCUCAAAGUAGAGGAAAUACUUUUCAAAGAAUGCGUGAUAGGAGAGGACACUGCAAAAAAGGACGCAUUAGAAUCGCUCGCCCAUUGUAGUAGAAAAUAAUUGCAAUGGGUUUCUUCAGAAAUGUUCAUUUUUCAUGCACAUCAAUUCAUUCAAAUGUUCAUCAAAAAAAUGUUUCUUUUUGUACAUAUGUAAAAUUCUUUGGCCACCAUUUGUCAUGAUCAUGUUUAUUUAUCUUCCCAUUAUUUUUAGUUUCUUCCCGUUCUUUCCUUAUUUAAAAUAACGUUUUUUUUUUUUUUCCCCCCCA